AUGCCUCUGACACCGCAUCCAGUAAUACCACUCACAGUGGAUGACACAGUGGUCAGUCAGGCCCAACUUGUCUGGCCAGGUGGUCCCCCCGUCAUCAGUGGUCCCCCCGUCAUCAGUGGUCCCCCCGGCAUCAGUGGUCCCCCCGGAAUCAGUGGUCCCCCCGGCAUCAGUGGUCCCCCCGGCAUCACUGGUCCCCCCGGCAUCACUGGUCCCCCCGGCAUCACUGGUCCCCCCGGCAUCACUGGUCCCCCCGGCAUCACUGGUCCCCCAGGCAUCACUGGUCCCCCGGCAUCAGUGGUCCCCCCGGCAUCAGUGGUCCCCCCGGCAUCAGUGGUCCCCCCGGCAUCAGUGGUCCCCCCGGCAUCAGUGGUCCCCCCGGCAUCAGUGGUCCCCCCGGCAUCAGUGGUCCCCCCGGCAUCAGUGGUCCCCCCGGCAUCAGUGGUCCCCCCGGCAUCAGUGGUCCCCCCGGCAUCAGUGGUCCCCCCCGGCAUCAGUGGUCCCCCGGCAUCAGUGGUCCCCCCGGCAUCAGUGGUCCCCCCGGCAUCAGUGGUCCCCCCGGCAUCAGUGGUCCCCCCGGCAUCAGUGGUCCCCCCGGCAUCAGUGGUCCCCCCGGCAUCAGUGGUCCCCCCGGCAUCAGUGGUCCCCCCGGCAUCAGUGGUCCCCCCGGCAUCAGUGGUGCCCCCGGCAUCAGUGGUCCCCCCCGGCAUCAGUGGUCCCCCCGGCAUCAGUGGUCCCCCCGGCAUCAGUGGUCCCCCCGGCAUCAGUGGUCCCCCGGCAUCAGUGGUCCCCCGGCAUCAGUGGUCCCCCCGGCAUCAGUGGUCCCCCCGGCAUCACUGGUCCCCCGGCAUCACUGGUCCCCCCGGCAUCAGUGGUCCCCCCGGCAUCACUGGUCCCCCCGGCAUCACUGGUCCCCCCGGCAUCACUGGUCCCCCCGGCAUCAGUGGUCCCCCCGGCAUCAGUGGUCCCCCCGGCAUCACUGGUCCCCCCGGCAUCACUGGUCCCCCCGCAUCAGUGGUCCCCCGGCAUCAGUGGUCCCCCGGCAUCAGUGGUCCCCCCGGCAUCACUGGUACCCCCGGCAUCAGUGGUCCCCCCGGAAUCAGUGGUCCCCCCGGCAUCAGUGGUCCCCCCGGCAUCAGUGGUCCCCCCGGCAUCAGUGGUCCCCCCCGGCAUCAGUGGUCCCCCGGCAUCAGUGGUCCCCCCGGCAUCAGUGGUCCCCCCGGCAUCAGUGGUCCCCCCGGCAUCAGUGGUCCCCCCGGCAUCAGUGGUCCCCCCGGCAUCAGUGGUCCCCCCGGCAUCAGUGGUCCCCCCGGCAUCACUGGUCCCCCCGGCAUCACUGGUCCCCCGGCAUCACUGGUCCCCCCGGCAUCACUGGUCCCCCCGGCAUCACUGGUCCCCCCGGCAUCACUGGUCCCCCCGGCAUCACUGGUCCCCCCGGCAUCACUGGUCCCCCCGGCAUCACUGGUCCCCCCGGCAUCACUGGUCCCCCCGGCAUCAGUGGUCCCCCCGGCAUCACUGGUCCCCCCGGCAUCACUGGUCCCCCCGCAUCAGUGGUCCCCCCGGCAUCAGUGGUCCCCCGGCAUCAGUGGUCCCCCCGGCAUCACUGGUACCCCCGGCAUCAGUGGUCCCCCCGGAAUCAGUGGUCCCCCCGGCAUCAGUGGUCCCCCCGGCAUCAGUGGUCCCCCCGGCAUCAGUGGUCCCCAACGGCAUCAGUGGUCCCCCGGCAUCACUGGUCCCCCCGGCAUCAGUGGUCCCCCCGGCAUCAGUGGUCCCCCCGGCAUCAGUGGUCCCCCCGGCAUCAGUGGUCCCCCCGGCAUCAGUGGUCCCCUCCGGCAUCAGUGGUCCCCCGGCAUCAGUGGUCCCCCCGGCAUCAGUGUGGAUGACAACCCCACAACAGUGGAUGACAACCCCACAACAGUGGAUGACAACCCCACAUCAGUGGAUGACAACCCCACAACAGUGGAUGACAACCCCACAACAGUGGACGACAACCCCACAUCAGUGGAUGACAACCCCACAUCAGUGGAUCACAACCCCACAUCAGUGGAUGACAACCCCACAACAGUGGAUGACAACCCCACAUCAGUGGAUGACAACCCCACAUCAGUGGAUGACAACCCCACAUCAGUGGAUGACAACCCCACAUCAGUGGAUGACAACCCCACAUCAGUGGAUGACAACCCCACAACAGUGGAUGACAACCCCACAUCACUUCGGUACUUCUGCGAAGGGCUCAGCAUCACCACCGACAACACUCUGCAUCCCACCCUGCGAGAAUCGCGCAACCAUCGCUCGCAGUGA